AUUUAGGAGUACCUUUCUUCUCUGAACUUGAAAAAGUCUAAAACCCUCACAUUUCUCGGCGAAGCUCACAAGGGGGUUUAUCGCACUUACUUACACCACUAAAAUGGCUACUACCACCGCCAUAUCUAGAAACUCUUCCCGAACUCUCCUUCGUUUCACUCUUCAUCAAUGGCGCUCUUUCUCUACCGCUUCCCCUUUUCCUCUUCCCCCUCCUCCUCCGUCAUCUCCAUCGCAUCUCCGCUCUCUACCUUUACUCAACACGGUGAGAUUGCGGGAUCAGGAUUUCAAAAUCUCUGGAUUGUAUGAACGAUUUUUAUGUACUGCCGGCGGUGCUGGUUCUUCAACUGCUACUUCUGCUGCUACUGUUGCGAAGAAUUCGGAAGCUAAGAACUCUUCAGGUUCUGAAUCUAGUUCGGGCGGCAACGGCGGUGAUUCGCAAGGCUCUCAACAAUCUGGCGAUGCCGGAAAAUCUAUUCGAGGAUCGCCUGUUUCAUGGAUGAGCUUGUUUUUGUUACUAGUUACGGGGGCAGGGCUCGUAUACUACUAUGACAAUGAAAAGAAGCGACAUAUUGAAGAAAUAAGCAACGCGUCUAAUGAGGUGAGACAGGGACCAUCUGUGGGACAAGCAGCUAUUGGGGGUCCAUUCAACCUUAUUAAUCAUGAAGGGAAAAAGGUGACUGAAAAAGAUUUUCUGGGCAAAUGGUCGGUGUUUUAUUUUGGUUUUACUCAUUGCCCAGAUAUUUGCCCUGAUGAGCUCCAAAAGCUUGCUUCUGCAGUUGAUAAGAUAAAAGAAAAAUCAGGAAUUGAAAUUGUGCCAGUUUUCAUCUCAGUUGAUCCUGAAAGAGACACCGUUGAACAAGUCAGUGAGUAUGUACAAGAGUUCCACCCAAAGUUGAUUGGAUUAACCGGUGAUCCAGAAGAGAUACGGAAAGUUGCUCGUGCAUACAGAGUGUAUUACAUGAAGACAACAGAAGAAGGCUCAGAUUAUCUUGUUGACCACUCCAUAGUCAUGUACUUGAUGAGCCCUGAAAUGAAGUUUGUAAAAUUCUUUGGAAAGAAUAAUGAUGUUGAUGGACUUGUCACUGGUAUGAUCAAAGAGAUAAAGCAAUGCAAGAAAUAGGCAUUCUGACAUAUUAGUGUUUACCAAUUUUGAAGUAUUUGUUAAUCACGGGAACAAUAUUCACUCCACAUUCUGGAUAAACAUUGAUAAAAUAAUGUUUUUGGUGUUGAUAUGCAUUAUAACAUGAUACACGUGAAAUACGGGCAGUUUCUGAUGUGAAUGUGGCAUCACACAACCUGCUUUGGAAACGA